AUGGAAUGGACGACAAAUCCUCGCUUAGACUCCAGCGCAAACCCACGACGCAUUCCGCCCGACCUCCGCAAGCGCGCCGUCGUCAGCUGCGAUCGGUGCAAGAGGCGGCGGCGGAAAUGCGUCCGUCGUGCCUCUGCCUCGACCUGCGAGUUGUGCAAGGAGAACUCAGUGCCAUGCGUUACCACGAUUCCCCGUAAGCGGCCUUCUGCUGCUGUUCAGUCUUUUCCAAUGAACGAGGACCUGCCUCCUCGACAGCUACUUAUGGAGCAACUGGUCGGCAGGCUGUUCCCAGAAGUGGCAGUCGCAGACGUCAAUGAGCUUGCCAAACUUGCAGACUGUCUUGAGACAAGUCGUGUUCAGUUACAAUUCGUUCGAGACAAGAUAUUAUUAACGACAAACGGUUCCAUCGUGCAGUGUGAUCUUGUGUCUUCAACCUCUCGCCCGAUUCUCGAGGACCGCCUUUCGUGUGUAUCACCGAGCGAGCGUGGAAGGUUUGCCACAACACCACUUGGGCUCUCUUCCAUUCCAGCACCAUCACCAUCAUCCUCACCCGCAACAACAAGCAGUCCGAGAGGGAACUGCAGUGAACGGAUCCUGCAGAAUUCCUCCGGGACGCUUUGCUACUUCGGCCCGUCCAGCUCAAUGGCAUUUGUGACGCAACUCCGGGAACAUCUGAUUUCGACAGCGAUCCAGAACUCGGAGAAGUUACAGCCAAAGCAGCGACGACUCCGCCAGAGAUUUGUUGCGGACAACUACUGUUGCACGAUGGAGGAGCCCUCCGCGGCAAGAAAUACUCAGGCGAGCACACAACAUCGCAGCGACUCGCUGCAGUCGGUUCCAGAAGACAUGGACGAUGUGUCCGUUGAUGCCUAUGCCUUAACGUCACCAAUGCCUGACGGGCCGCAAAGGCUCGUCGACCUUUUGCCGGCGCGAGAGGAAGUGGAGCACUUGGUUGAAUUGUUUUUCGUGCACAUCCAUCCAAAUAUGACCUUGUUCCAUCGACCCCUGUUCCAAAGCGCUCUUGAACGGCUUUGGACCUCAGACCGGGAAUCUUCGCUGGAUGUUGGAUGGUUGACUUGUUGCCUUCUUGUGCUCGCCUUCGGUUGCAAAUACCUCGAGUCUACCUCGACUGACGAGACCACUUCAGGACCACCAAGAAACACCCGCAACCUCCAGCAGAGAUUCGUGGAGAUCGCCCUGGGGAAUGUAGCGCGAUUAAUUCAAUGUGCUACUCUCCAAAGUGUGCAGGCGCUGGCACUCCUCUCGCUCUAUCUCAACACCACGCACCAGCGGAAUGCCUCAUGGAUCAUGAUGGGCUGUAGUAUCAGGAUGGCGAUCGGCCUGGGUAUGCAUCGGAGCGACAAGGUACUACUACAGCAGCAGAAAAGUGUCCUUUCAACGGCUGUCGUUGACAGGGAGUUGAGAAAGCGGGUUUGGUGGUCGUUGUACGUCUUUGAGCAGUAUAAUAGCGCCCUCUUUGGCCGUCCUAGUGCCAUCGACGAACAAGAAACAACCGCCGACUUGCCCACGGACUCAAUCCUUGACGGGGGCUACCACCGCCCCCCGGGACUCGUCACACAUGACAUAUCUCUUGCGCGCAUUGUCGACAGGAUUCGCAAAUCCCAGGCCGGCCAAGGGCACCGAGGCGAACCAGGCCUGUCUGACGACCAGAUCGCACACCGACACCUAGACGAGUUGGAUACAUGGUACGCAGAACUGCCUCCCUUUCUGAGGUUCGACGCAUCGAACCAGCGUUACGUCUACCCAAGCCACUUCCGACAACUCAUCACUCUCCAGCUCCGCUACCAACACGCUCGGCUGCUGUUGACACGUCCAUUCUAUCUGCGCCUAAUCCAGACCCAAUCAUCAUCACCACCCAGCGGCCAAGCAGGAGCAGGAGGGGAAGUCGAUGCUGAUGCUGAUGUUGAUGCCGAUACCGCAACCGCGACCACCUGCAGGUUUGGCGACAUCUGCAUUGCAUCGGCGCUCGACUCGUGGCGCCUAGCCCAACACCUGUGGGAGAGAGGGCAGUUCAACGACGGGGACAUUGGACUCGACGGCGUGUUUUUAUACCAGUGUGGCAUGGUGCUGUCUCUGGCCUGUCUCGACACGCGGCAGAGAUGUGAUCGCAAGGUCUUUUACCCCCGAGCCAUUGAAGACAUCCUGGUCAUGCUGCACGACAACAUCCCACCGGACAACCCCAUGAGCCGUAUGGUACAAAUCGCCGACGACUUUUGCAAUAUUGUGCGCUCGAUCAAAUCCGAGCAUCAUCAGCAUGCCGCAGCGCCGUUAGGAUCCCACGAUUCUACUAUCGUGCAGGAUCUGCACCGUGAGCAGCAGCAGGCGGUUGCGGUUUCGCUAUCGCAGUCCACCCCCAGCCAGGCCAAAUCUGCUCGCAUGCCGCGGACACAAGAGAACCAAUCUCGGCCGUACGAGGCUGCUGCUGCUGCUGCUGCUGUGUCUCCCGCGGCCGAGGUGGAUGGAUUGCCGUCGUGGACUGGGCCGCCAGUGCCAGCUUGUCCCGGUGGAGAGGUCGGCGCGGUGGACAACAGAGAGGAAGCACUACCACUCCCCGUUACUUCUUCGGCAUGGGACAUGCUGGAAAACUCGCAGCAGCUGAUCGAUUCCAUGCUCGACUGGGACUUGUCGCAGGUCUUUGGGUUUGAAGGGGGCGGUGGCGGUGGAUGCGGAUCCAUCAUGAACAACAACCCUUUCCUCGCCUGA